AUGCAGGCACUGGGCGCUCGGAUAGGUGGCUCGUCGGUGGAACUGCUCUCUGAGAUGGUUGCAUCCGGACACAAGGGAAGAAAAACUGGAAAAGGAAUUUACGUGUAUGAAAAGAAGAGUAGAAUUCCGAUUCCAUGGAUGAAAAGUGGAAAAAUGGUGAAUGACGCUGCAAAGGGAAUAAUCCAGAAAUAUCAACUGGCGGCUCCGGCAGAAGUGUGA